AUGCAACAGUACCAGUUCCUCAGGACUCUGUGCCUCUUCCUGAUGAUCAGUUCGAUGGUGGUUUACAUCCACAGCGAAUGUAAUAUAUGCCAGAGCAAUAACAAUGUGGCUUGUGUAAAUACGACGCACUACCGCUUCUGUUUGGACAACGUCGAGCCAGGAGCAAUUUUGCCAUGUAAUGAUGGCGAAGUCUGCACUAGUCUAGCCAAAAUCUGUGUCCCGGAGGGUGCCUAUGAACCAUCAUGCCAAGACUCUGAAGCAACAACACCCGACGAGUGUCCCAGCUGCACAGCCAGCUCUCUGUUCGUCUGCACCAGUCGCACCACCUUCCAGCAGUGCAACGGCACCACAUUGACCGAUCGCGUCAUCAAGUGCAACGAGGGCAAGUUCUGUUCGAUGGCGUCGGGUAAAUACUGUGUGGGCGAGUGCGAGCUAUCCGGCGACAUUGAGUGCGAUAGAGAUGCACCCUAAGCGGCGUUAAGUCUGAGCUAUAAAUGAAAAUAUGUACCAAAUAAAUCAAUGAAUAAAUUCUGAUAAAAAUA